CGAGGAUCCCUUGCUCGGUUACUUACCUCCUGCCUGUUCAUCAGCUUAGUUUGCUGCCAUCCGAAAGCUAUUGAAAAGCCAUUAACAGGCAGGACCCGAGAGCCGCCGCACUGCAGCACACCUCCGCGCGGGGCGUGCGGCAGACUGUGGCCGUGGGAGAGCACCAAUUAGCGCUGACUCUCCCCGGGAUCCUGGCACCAGGAGCGUGUCAAUCAAGGGUGCUACAAUAGCACGUGCAGCGCGGUGGCUCAGAACCCACCGGAGGCUUCUCUGAACUCCAGGUGCUGAAUGAGAAUGAGUUGGGAGCUUUUUGCUCGAUCAUGGAACGGAGCCUUGGUUCAAUAAUGCAUCCCGAGGUAAAGUGUUACCUGAGUAAGGACUCUGAAUAAUGCAUUCUCGGGGACGACAGUUGUAGCAGAAGAGAAUGCUGGAACCAGUAGCAGCAAGCCUCCUGCCUGAGAGGGAAAGAUGUCUCACUAUCAUUUUAUCAAGUGCUGUUGCUUUCAGCUAUGUAACGUGUUCCGAUCCCAUGAGAUGGAAAUUGACCAGUGCCUGCUGGAGUCCCUUCCCCUGGGCCAGCGGCAGCGGCUGGUGAAGCGCAUGCGCUGUGAACAGAUCAAAGCCUACUAUGAGCGCGAGAAGGCCUUGCAGAAGCAGGAAGGGUUCCUGCGGAGGCUGAGGCAUGGGAAGCACCAGAAAGUGCAUUUCAACCUCGCCGACAUGAUCCAGGACGCCAUCAUCCACCACAACGACAAAGAAGUGCUCCGGCUCCUGAAGGAGGGGGCGGAUCCGCACACUCUCGUCUCCUCAGGAGGGUCCUUGCUCCAUCUGUGUGCUCGCUAUGACAAUGCCUUCAUCGCAGAGGUCCUGAUUGACAGAGGAGUCAACGUCAACCACCAGGACGAGGACUUCUGGACGCCAAUGCACAUCGCUUGUGCAUGUGACAACCCUGACAUUGUCCUGCUGCUUGUCCUGGCCGGAGCCAAUGUCCUUCUCCAGGACGUCAAUGGAAAUAUCCCGCUGGAUUAUGCUGUGGAAGGGACAGAAUCCAGCUCUAUCCUCUUGACCUACCUGGAUGAAAACGGAGUGGAUCUGACCUCCCUGCGCCAGCUGAAGCUGCAGAGACCAAUGAGUAUGCUAACAGAUGUCCAGCACUUCCUGUCGUCCGGAGGCAAUGUCAACGAGAAGAAUGACGAAGGAGUGACCCUGCUACACAUGGCCUGUGCAAGUGGCUACAAGGACGUGGUGUCACUUAUCCUGGAGCACGGUGGGGACCUCAAUAUCGUGGAUGACCAGUACUGGACGCCCCUCCAUCUGGCAGCCAAGUACGGCCAGACAAACCUGGUGAAACUUCUUUUGCUGCAUCAGGCGAACCCAAACCUCGUGAACUGUAACGAAGAGAAGCCCUCAGACAUCGCCGCCUCUGAGUUGAUCGAGGAGAUGCUGCUGAAGGCCGAAAUUGCCUGGGAAGAGAAAAUGAAAGAGCCUUUCUCUGUCCCUGCCUUAGCCCAAGAGGAGCCCUACGAAGAGAUCGUGCCCGCCCUCCCCGCACUGUCCAGCAAGCUUGGUCCCAUGGUGCUUCCAAUUGCCAAGCAAGACAGUUUGUUGGAAAAAGACAUCAUGUUCAGAGAUGCAACAAAGAGUGUGUGUGCCCAGCAGCCUCAGGACGGGACCCCUGAAAGCAGCCUGGUGAACGGCCCCAGCAAGCCCGAGCAGGUCAAGCUAAUGCCUCCGGCUCCCAACGAUGACCUGGCGACUCUGAGUGAGCUCAACGACGGCAGCCUGCUGUACGAGAUUCAGAAGCGCUUUGGGAACAACCAGAUAUACACUUUCAUUGGGGAUAUCCUUCUACUGGUUAACCCAUUCAAGGAGCUCCCAAUCUACUCUACCCUGGUCUCUCACCUCUACCUGAGCCACACGGGGAGGCCCAGCCCCUCGCUGCCUCCCCACCUGUUCUCCUGCGCAGAGAGGGCCUUUCACCAGCUGUUCCGGGAGCGGAGGCCUCAGUGUUUCCUUCUCAGUGGGGAGCGAGGAUCUGGCAAGUCGGAGGCCAGCAAGCAAAUCAUGCGGCACCUGACCUUCAGGUCUGACUCCAGCAGGGCCGCAUUCGACGCCAGGUUUAAACACGUCACAUGCAUCUUGGAAGCCUUUGGACACGCCAGGACAACACUCAACGAUCUGUCCAGUUGCUUCAUCAAGUACUCGGAGCUGCAGUUCUGUGAAAGGAAGAAGCACAUGACUGGAGCCAGAAUCCAUACCUACAUGCUGGAGAAGUCCAGACUGGUUUCCCAGCCUCUGGGCCAGAGCAACUUCCUCAUCUUCUACCUGUUGAUGGACGGGCUGUCCUCGGAGGAGAAGCACGGACUGCACCUGGACCGCGGCUGUGCCCACCGGUACUUGAACCAGACCACACGGGAAGAUGUGUCCACAGCAGAGCGCUCUCUGAACAGGGAGAAGUUCGCGGUUUUGAAACAAGCUCUGAAUGUUGUCGGCUUCAGCGCUGUGGAGGUGGAGAACCUAUUUGCUAUUCUAGCAGCAAUAUUGCACCUUGGAGACAUCCAGUUCACCGCGCUGACGGACGCUCACUCUGCCUUUGUCUCUGACCUCCAGCUUCUAGAACAAGUGGCUGGAAUGUUACAAGUGUCCACAGACGAGUUGGCCUCUGCCUUGACCACGGACAUCCAGUAUCUUAAAGGGGACUUGAUAAUACGACGACACACUAUACAGAUUGCUGAGUUUUACCGUGACCUCCUGGCCAAGUCCCUGUACGGCCGCCUGUUUGGCUUCCUGGUGAACACCGUGAACUGUUGCCUGCACAGUCCAGAGGAGCAGGAGCACAGAAGCCUGCAGACCCUGGAUAUUGGAAUCCUGGACAUCUUUGGUUUUGAAGAAUUUCAGAAGAAUGAAUUUGAACAACUUUGUGUCAACAUGACCAACGAGAAGAUACACCACUACAUCAAUGAAGUGCUUUUCCUACAAGAGCAGACAGAAUGUGUACAAGAGGGAGUUACCAUGGAAACGGCAUAUUCUCCUGGUAACCAGGCUGGAGUUUUGGAUUUCUUUUUCCAGAAGCCGUCAGGAUUGCUCUCUUUAUUGGAUGAAGAAAGCCAGGCGAUUUGGUCCACAGAACCGAACCUUCCCAAAAGGCUACAGAACCUCCUAGAAUCAUCGAACACAAAUGCCGUGUACUCCCCCACGAAGGAUGGGAACGGCAACGUGGCUCUCAAAGGCCAAGGUGCGGCGUUCACCGUCAUGCACUAUGCAGGAAGGGUAAUGUAUGAGAUUGUUGGAGCAAUUGAAAAAAAUAAAGACUCCCUUUCACAGAAUCUUCUAUUUGUAAUGAAAACUAGUGAAAAUGUCGUGAUCAAUCAUUUGUUCCAGUCGAAAUUGUCACCAACGGGAUCCCUCCUAUCUUCAUAUCCUUCCUUUAAAUUCCGAGGACAUAAAUCUGCCCUGCUCCAUAAGAAAACGACAGCUUCCUCAAUUGUUGGAGAGAACAAGAAUUAUCUCCAGCUUAGCACGAUAUUAAAAAAGAAAGGAGCGUCUACAUUUCGGCAAAGACUGGAGCGCAGCAAUCCCACCAGCACAGCUUCACAGCUCAGGAAAUCCCUGGCGGAUAUUACCGGGAAGCUCCAGCACUGCACCCCGCAUGUCGUUCACUGCAUCAAACCCAAUAACUCGCAGCUGCCAGACGUGUUCGACCACUUCUACGUGUCGGCUCAGCUGCAGUACCUGGGCGUCCUGGAGCUGGUGAAGAUCUUCAGGUUCGGGUACCCCGUGCGCCUCUCCUUCGCGGAUUUCUUGUCGAGGUACCAGCCCUUGGCGGACACACUCGUGCGUGAGAAGGAGGAGCAGCCCGCAGAGGAGAGGUGCCGGCUUCUUCUGCAGCAGUGUCAACUACGGGGCUGGCAGGUGGGCGUCCGCAAGGUGUUCCUGAAACACGGGCAUGCCGACCAGCUCCACAGUCUCUGCCUGCAGCUGCAGAGGAGCAUCAUAACCUGCCAGAAAGUCAUACGAGGGUUUCUAGCACGCCAACACCUGCUUCAGAGAAUGAGCAUCAAACAGCAAGAAGUCACAUCCAUCAAGAGCUUUCUGCAGAACACAGAGGACAGGGCACUGCAAGCCUACGACGCCCUGGUCAUUCAGAACGCCUCCGACAUCGCCCGGGAGAAUGACAGGCUCCGGAAGGAAAUGAAUGGUCCGUACCCUAAAGAGAAGGCCGCUGCCAGGAGCAAGCAAGAGGAAGGAGCCAGAAGAGCUGAAGACCAGGGUGGGUCCUGGCACGUCCACUCCAGCUCGGUCCCCCUCCCCAUGGCGGUGGACAGCCUGGCCCAGGCUCUUGCUGGACCAUCCAUCCGGUCUCCAUCACUGCACUCAGUGUUCAGCGUGGAUGACAGCAGUGGCCUCCCGUCACCACGGAAACAGCCUCCGCCCAAGCCAAAGAGGGACCCCAGCACCCGGCUGAGUGCCUCCUACGAGGCUGUGAGCGCCUGCCUCUCAGCGGCCAAGGACACAGCCAGCGAAGCUCUGACGCGACCCAGACCCCACAGUGAUGACUACAGCACCAUGAAGAAGAUCCCCCCUCGAAAGCCAAAGAGAAGUCCCAACACAAAGCUCAGCGGCUCCUAUGAGGAAAUUUGGGGCCCCCGGCCCCCAGGUGCCAUGUGUCAGGCAGGUGCCCGCCAGGUCCCCGGAACCCCUGGUGCCCAGCGGGCCUGCCCAGCUGAUGGCCCGCAGUACACCCCGCAGCUGCCACUGCGCCUGCCCCUACCCCAGGGCGACGAGGAUGAUGACACGGAGCCUGUGUACAUCGAGAUGGUGGGGAACGCGGCCAGGGCGGGCGGCCACGAGGCCGACAGCCCCGACCAGGGCGAGUCAGUGUACGAGGAGAUGAAGUACUUCUUGCCCGAGGAGGGCGGCAGCCUGGGCAUGGUGUCCUUCCUGUCCCCCUCGCCUCUGUUCUCGGACACUCGGAAAGCCUUGGCCUUGGAGGCUGGUGAGGGGGGCUGCCAGCCCCUGAGGGACACGUGCGACAUCCCGCCCCCCUUCCCCAACCUGCUCCCGCACCGGCCUCCGCUCCUGGUCUUCCCGCCCACGCCGGUGACCUGCUCCCCUGCCUCGGACGAGUCGCCGCUGACGCCCCUGGAGGUGAAGAAGCUGCCGGUCCUGGAAACCAACCUCAAGUACCCUGUGCAGUCCGAGGGCUCCAGCCCCUUGUCGCCGCAGUACUCCAAAGCCCCGAAGGGGGACGGCGACAGACCCGCGUCCCCCGGCGGCGCCGUGUCCGACGGGCCUCGUUUUGAAACUAACAUGAACCUAACUGGACGGGAUGAUCCUAAUACAUCAGAAAUUGCUUCGGAGACUCAAGAUAGAAAUGCAAAUAACCAUGGAAUUCAAUUAUCUAAUUCACUAUCUAGUGCUAUUACUGCUGAAAAUGGAAAUUCCGUCUCAAAUGGCUCGCCUGAAGAGGACCGGUACUCACGGCUGAGUGUGAGUGGCACGGCCACGCCGUCGCUCCAGAGGCACCGGGACAGCCACACGACUCAGGUCAUCCAUCAGCUGAGGCUCUCGGAGAACGAGAGCGUGGCGCUGCAGGAGCUCCUCCAGUGGAGGCGCAAGCUGUGCGAGGAGAGAGGAGACUGGCAGCAGGCCCUGCCCCACAGCGAGCCCAGGGCGCCUCCGCCGCCUCCCUGCAAGAAGCCCACUCUGCUGAAGAAGCCCGAAGGGGCCUCCUGCAACAGGCUGCCCUCUGAGCUCUGGGACACCACCAUCUGAUGGCCCUAGAGGCUGCCUAGUGAAUCCAGGAGCGUCCAGGCAGCUGCCUUCCCACCGACUCGCUGGGUCUUCCCUCUGCGCAUUCACACGAAAAAGCACAGGACAUUGACACUGGCUAGACAAGACUUCCUGUGUGUGUGUGUGUGUGUGUGUGUGUGUGUCCUCGUUCUUUCUUAUCCAUUUUGUGGUAACACACUCUGAUUUUCGGGAUCCACGUCUAUAGGGUGCACUGCCCCUGGAAAAGGACAGAAAGGCUGAGGAGAGCGGGGGUGAGCGGAGGGUGCAGACAGCAGUGUGGGAAGCAGAGCUGCUUGACUGUGCGCUGUGUCCCUUCAGCCCCAGACACGGCCUCUGUCCUCAUGAGCACCGGCCGAGGUGCAGUGCACAGGACACACCUUUCGUUUCUUUGUAGGUGCGUGUGUGUUAUUGGAAUUUCAAACCUGGUAAUUAUUUACAUGUUUAUUAUUGUAUUUUAUAACUUUCUGAAAAUGGUGGUGCUCCCUUUCUUCAAAAAUACAGAUUUUAAAAGGUCAUUUCUAGUUUUUUUUUUUUUUUUCCCUCCACACACCUUUUUUUUAACCGAAAGCACCUGGAACCCUUGAAACGGUCGCUUUGGCUUUGCCGUGUCACCCUGCAGAAGCCUGGGCGAGUCCAGGUCCAGCUCCCCUCUGUGAAGAGGACGCAGUCCUGCACUGUGUUUUGGGUAAGCGGCUUGUGCACCCCCUGGUUGAACCCCACCCCCCAUACCAGCUUUGGCAUAGGCUACAGGCAGUUCGUGGCACUCAGACUCAUGGCUGGUGGUGCACAAAAGGUGUGGAUGAGCAGACGGAGCCACGCUGCUUCCCGCAGCCACAUUGCAUUGCAAGACGCCCGCGAGCCACGUUGCAUGCCUCGCUUGCUGUGUCCCUCACCUGCUGUGACGCAAGCCUUGUCCCCCUGUGCUUCCGCCGGCUGUCGGGAAAUUCUGGGCAGUGCCCGGACCCCUCUGUCUUGCUACACGGGCCUUUUAUCCAUACCAGCCUUUGAAAAGUUACUGUGCCAAUAAAAGGGUCAACUGUG